AAAAGGAGAAAACCCUUGCCAAGGGAAUGCCACAGCAGCGAGCCCAAGCCGCAGAAAGCCCGGUUGAAGGCUUCGCUUUGCCGCAGCUUCUCAGAGGUUAACCAGGGUCUGUAAGCAAACAGCUUAAAGAAGGAGCCCGGCUUAGUGCCUGGGUCUCGGGCUGUCCCGGAGCCCAGCAGCCUAAUGCCCCCGCAGCAGCCCCUCCCUCCGUCCCUCCCAAAGCGAUGCUGGGCACACGGAGCCAGCCCUCGCCCUCUCCUCACGCAGCCGGAGCCUUCCCGGGGCCGGGCCGGGGCUCGGGGGCAUCGCAGGAGAGGCUGCUCCGCUGCAGACGGGCGCAGAGCCAUGUGUAUAUAAAGCCUGGGGCAGCAGCCCGGCGGGGUUGUUUAGCACAGCCACACCUCGGCUCUCUUGGCAGCACGGCGAGGCGCGGCCGGAGCGCCGGCGGCUGAAUCCCCAAGUACCCGGGCGUGGGAGCGAUCUGCCCAUGGGCCCCCGCCUGCUGCUGGUUCUGGCGCUGCUUCAGGCAGUUUGGAAAGGUGCUCUGGGAAAGUCCCAUUCACUGCACACUCGAGGAAUCAUUGAACUGGCUGGAGCUAUAACGUGUGGCACGGGACGCUCUCCUUUGGCAUAUAUUGGCUAUGGGUGCUACUGUGGACUGGGAGGACGAGGUUGGCCUAAAGAUAAAACAGACUGGUGCUGCCACAGGCAUGACUGCUGCUACGACACGGCAGAGAAGGAAGGCUGCAACCCCAAGGUGCAGCGCUACCAGUGGGCAUGUGAGCAGAACACCGUGCGGUGCGAUAACCUGACAGACCGAUGUGAAAAAAUGGUGUGCCUGUGUGACCAAGAAGCAGCCAAGUGCUGGGGAGCAGCCCCAUACAAUCCUCACUUCAUCCUCUGGCCAGACUUUUUAUGUGGACAGACUCAUCCUACCUGCCAUGUCAGAUAUGGGGGGCCAGAAUAGUCUUUUUAGGACCUUUCUUCUAAUAGUUUGAACCUGAAGGCAGCGGAAUAAAAUUUUUCCUUGUUUUCCAGAUCUAA